GCUCUGUUUUAUAAAUAGAGCUUAUUUUUAGUCUAUAGAGACGUUGAGACUGAAUUUUCAUACGUGUCGUUCUUGCACUAACAUCGGAAGGUUCAUGAAUGUUCUUCUAGUAAGAUUACGAGGGAGAGAACGCUAAUGAGAAAUUUUUUUUCCCUCCAUUUCUGUUUCUUCUAAUUUUAGUUCUUAAUCAGGAAAUUAUUACUAUUUUUCUCAAUAUUCUCUAUUUUUGGUUUUGCUGUUUACUAAAUCAAAGAUCCAGCUUUCCUCUGAUCACGUUCUCUUCCUCGUAACUCAAACUAAAAAUCUUGUGUAUUCUUUUCUUGGCUUGUGUUUCUAUCUAGAUUUUUGUAAAGUUAUAUCUCGGAUUUACUUUUUCUUAUUCCACUUUCUUGAGAAAAUCUGUAAGAAUUUCCCGACCGGUAAAGUAUAGUUUUAUUUGUUUCUCAGUUAACUCGAACGAGUUCAUUUCAGGCUAUUGAUCGCGUAUUUAAAAAGAUCACCGCCUCUUUUUUCUUGUAAAAUCAAAAUCCUUCUCUUUCUUUUUCAUCUGUAUUUCAUAUUUAAGCAGAGAAAACAAAUACCUGGCUAUGGAGGCAGUUGUAAUCAGAUCAACCCCAAAGAAGAAAAACGCACGCAGUUUUAGCUACUCCAGACGAUCUUCGGAGAAUCUGGCUCCGGCGAACAUGUAUGGCGGUCUAUUUCCCAUUCAUCCGCCGUCGCUUUCCUACUCUUAUCCUCCCUCAGCUUUGCUACUUAAUAAUAUUCUCUCUCACCCAUACCACCAACAACAAAACCCUCCUUUGCUUCCUCUACCAAUUCCCAUAUCUCGCUCCCCUUCUCUCGCUUGUCGAAGCUGUUCUACUACAAAAAAGACCAGUUACAGAUCCAAAGAUCAAUCUGUCACCCCAAUUCCAAAGAAACCCAAAUCUAAGUCUCUAAAUCCCAAAUUUGAAGAAUCCAAGAAAGAUGUUAAUCCAAGGUCGGAGUCUUUGGUGGUUGCGUCAACGAAUCGGUUGGGACCGGAGCCGAAAGAUCUUCCCAUGGAUGUUCCAAAGGUGAUUGUUUCAUCGUCUUCGUUGUCAUCUUUGGAAACAGGUGGUUGUGUUGUUAUGGGAGAUUUGGAGAAGUUUUCGGGUGGUUCGGUGUUUAGCCUGUCGCCGCAUCCGAGCAGUUUGCCGCUGCCGAGGUUUUCGCUGAGGCCAAACUCGAAGCUCAGUUGCAACGCUGAAGCUGCCGGGAUUGAUGCCGGAGCUACAGACAAUCUCCGUCGACUACUACGUCUCCGAUGAUACCAUAUGCUUCCUUGGUUGGUUUGGCCGCCAAGACUAAUUACAAUAUCUACUCAUCCACGUGAUUGGUUUAAACUUGUGUUUUCUUUGCCGUUAGUUUCGGAUGUAAAUAGAAAGGGUCAGCGGAGUGAGGAAGUAUGCCGUAGCUGAUUCCAGUGUUGAAACCUUUUCUUUCUUAUUUAAGUUCCACUUUGUGGCCACCGCCUUUGUUUUUUGAUUGGGGGUGUGCGCACAGAAGCUUUGGCUAUAGGGAGAGCUUGCCUAAGAAUAGAUUUUCUGUAUUUUUAUCUUAAAUUUCUUAAGUUAUCAGUCAAUGGAAUGCACAAUUAAAUCAGGAAAAAAUCAAAAUUCUCUCUUGUAAUAUCAUGUAUAUCCGUAUGCUCUUUCCAAAUUCCGCACAAGAUAGGGUAAAGAAGAAGAAUAUGCCAUUUUAUCCAAAAAGAAGGGGAAAUAAACAAAAUAUUAGGGAAAGCCACUAAAUUUAUCCACUCAAUGCAAAAAAAAAAAAAAAAAAAAAAAA